CCAUUGCACAUAAUCACACUGAGAGCGAAUACAGGACGUUACAGUCAGUUUACUGUUAGUCCUGCGCGUUGGCCGUUGUGUGAGAAAAGUAAAAGUGAAAAUCGGGCCCUUGAAUUUCGUGUGGAAUAUUUAUUAAUUAUGCAUGAUAAAUAAAAUCUAAUUUGUCUGCGUGUCGUUCGUUUGUGUGAAUUUCAAAUAACAGUUGCGAUUCUUUGCGGCUUUGGCGCGCGCGUGUGACUCAAAAGCCAGGAAUACGUGAGCACAGCCAUAACCAUUGCCAUACAGCGCUGAGUUAUUUCCAUUGUGCUGUAAUCUAUAAUUGCAUACACACACACACACACUCAUACUCAGCUAGUGUGUAUACGGACAGUCGCACAUAUACUAGCAAACGCCACGACCAAGACGCCCCCGCUUUGCCCUUGAGCUGGCAUAGUAAGAAGCAUUCGAUUUUUCACAACAAGACGUGAAAAACGCAAAAAAAAAGAAGAAGGAAAUACUUACGACUGAAUAAAGUUUGCGCAGCUUUCGAAAAAGAAAAAGAAAAUUAUAUAUAAAUUUACAAAUUUACACUUAGAAAUAUCCAUAUACAUAUUUAUAUAUAAAAGCAAGUGUUAGGCGUUCGAAAUGGAUGUGCUCAAUCAAAUACUCAACAUUAAUGCUGGUGGCGCCUAUGGCGGUGGCAAGGCGGGUGGCGCCUUCGAUCCGGUAACGUUUGCCAUGAAGCCUCAAGUAGUCAUACGCGCCCUCUGCUGGGUGUUCUCUAUCGUGGUCUUUGGCUGCAUAUCCUCCGAGGGCUGGGUCGAAAAGGAUGGCAAGGAAAUGUGCUUGUACAACAACGAUGGCAUGGCCUGCAAAUAUGGCAAUACCAUUGGCAUCUUCGGAUUUCUCGCCUCCAUGUACUUCAUUGGCGGCGAGUUCAUGUUCGAGCGCAUGUCUUCGGUGAAGAGCAGAAAGCGUUAUGUUAUGGGGGACAUGGCAUUCUCAGCUGCUUGGGCCUUCUUGUAUUUCAUUGCAUUCUUCUACUUGUGGUCUCAGUGGAGCGCAGCACCCAUGCCUCCCCAAGGCAUUGGCGCCGGCAGCAUGAAGACGGCCAUUGUGUUUUGUUUCUUCAACAUCUUUAGCUGGGCUCUGUGCGCAUUUAUGGCCUACAAACGCUUCCUGAUUGGCGCCGGCGAUGAGUUCACCUCGGCCUUUGAGACAGACCCGGCCAAUGUGGUGCACCAGCAGGCCUACAGCUACUCCAUGGACAACGACAAUGAGCAGUAUAGCGCCUCGCCAUUCGGUCAGCCUCAGCAGGGCAUGGAGCAACAGUCGGGCAUGGAGUAUCAGCAACCCACCUACUAAGCGUAUCUCUUAGCUAGUUGUGCCACGUCUCCGUUGUCGACACACACAUUUUUUGGUAGUGCUAAUGGCAAAUACAAUUUUUACACCAACUGCAACUAUAUAUCUAGUACACAAAGUUGGCUUAACUUAAUACACCGAUGUCAAGCAUAUACGAACAACAACAACAACAACAACAAACAACAGCAGCAGCAACACCAAUUGCUUUGGCAGGGAA